AUGGUAGGACAACUGAAAAAUACCGAACAAAAACAAACAAUUGCGGUCGAAAAAAUUUGUUCCAAAGUAUUUCAGUUCUGCUUAUUAAUUAAAGAUGAAACAUUUGGUGACAAAGGACAGAAUUCUGUGCUUCGUACUCUUGUACUGGAAAAGUUUCCCGAUUUUGCUAUUGCUCAAGUAAUUCUACAAAAACCUACAGGUUGGCUACCACAAUUUAAUCGGGCGCAAUGUCGUGCAAUGGCGCUUCUGCCAGCUGAUUAUCAACAAAUAAUGUUAACAGCUCCAUUUUUGACCGGAUCAUUGCGUAAGGAAGAUGAUGAUGUUGAAUACGGUCGUGCAUUAUUCGUAGGACUUGGAGCACGCUCAAUUGCCGGUUAUAUUCACUAUCAUUUGUUUCGGGUGGAAAUCGAUGAGCUUAUUGCUGUUGAAAAGGAUCAGUAUUUGAACAAACUAUGGUUAGAAAAUCCAACUUGGAAUUAUAUUACUAUCGACGACAUACGUUAG